ACACUAAUGCAGGGAGAUACAACUGUUACUCAUACAACUCUGCUGGUUGGACAGAGCGAAGUGAUACCCUGGAGCUGGUGGUGACAGGUGUUCACCAUGGUAAACCUACUCUGUCAGCUUUGCCCAGCCCUGUGGUGACCCCAGGUGGGAAUGUGACCCUUAAGUGUGUCUCAUCUAAAGGAUAUGAUUGGUUCAUUUUGACUGGGGCAGAUCAAAAUUUCUCCAGGUCCCUAAAGGCACAGCUUACACACACUGGACAGGCCCUAGCUCUGUUUCCUGAGAUCACCUUGGCAUCCAGCAAGAGUGGGCCCUUCAGAUGUUAUGGAUACUAUACAAAUACCUCUCAUGUGUGGUCAGAGUCCAGUGACCCUUUGGAGAUACAUGUCUCAGGACUGUCAAAGAAGCCCUCCCUGCUCACUCACAAAGGCCCUGUCCUGGCCCCUGGAGAGAACCUGAUCCUUAAGUGUUCCUCUGAGAUAAGUUAUGACAGAUUUGCUCUGUUUAAGAAGGGGGAAAGUGGCUUCACCCAGGUCUCUGUCCAUCAGUCUCAGGAUGGACAUUUUCAUGCCAAUUUCACCUUAGGCUCUGUGCAUUCCUCCAUUGGUGGUCAGUAUAGAUGUCUUGGUGCACACAGUACCUUUGAGUGGUCAGCCCCCAGUGAUGAUCCUCUGGACAUCCUGAUCACAGGGUACCCUGUUGCUAUACCAAAUUUCUCUGUGCAUCCAGGCACUACUGUGUCCUUAGGAGAGAAUGUGACCCUGCAGUGUCAAUCAUCAGUCCCAGUGGAUACUUUCCUUCUGUUCAAGGAAGGUGCAGCCCAUCCCUAUUUGCAUCAAAAAUCACAGUCUCAAAACCAGGCAGAAUUCUCCAUGAGGCUGACUUCAGCUCUUAAGGGUUCCUAUGUAUGCUGUGAUUCCCAAAGCUCAUCCCCUUACCUGUUGUCACACCCCAGUGUCCCUGUGGAGAUCAUAGUUUCAGGAGUGCAAAUUGCAUGGUUCCAUUCUCACAGCCUCAAGAUCACAAACAUCAUUCGGAUGGGCAUUUCUGGUUUGAUUCUCACAGUACUUGGGAUUUUGCUGUUUGGGGCUUGCCACAGCCAGAGAAGACCUUGAUUGCAUCCAAGAAGUGAAGACGAGAGAUGCCCACAGG